AUGUCUAUCCCACAAAGCUGCACGGUGCUCGUCGUUGGAGGUGGUCCCGCGGGCUCUUUCGCCUCGGCUGCCCUGGCACGUGAGGGUAUCGAUGUUGUGAUGCUGGAGGCAGACAAGCACCCUAGAUACCACAUCGGAGAGAGCAUGCUCCCUUCAAUGCGCCAUUUCCUCGAGUUUAUUGACUGCUACGAGCAAUUCAACGCCCAUGGGUUUAUCAAGAAGAACGGCGCAGCUUUCCGGCUGAACAAGACUCAACCAGAAGCUUUUACCGAUUUUAUUGCAGCCGGAGGACCGAACGGCCAUGCCUGGAACGUGGUGCGGUCCGAAGCCGACGAGCUGCUCUUCAACCACGCGGCGUCCUGUGGCGUGCGCGCCUUUCAAACCACAAAGGUCGACGCCGUGCAGUUUGAGGAGAGCGAUGGAGAGACAGCGGGCCCCGGACGGCCCGUGUCGGCGUCGUGGAAGCGCAAGGAUGGCACUACCGGCACCAUCGCGUUCAAGUACAUGGUGGAUGCCAGCGGCAGAUACGGCCUGCUUAGCACCAAGUACCUGAAAAACCGUAAAUUCAACCAGAGCCUCAAGAACAUCGCCAACUGGGCUUACUGGAAGGGCGGUGGCAUCUACGCUGAGGGGACACACAAGGCCGGCUCGCCCUUUUUCGAGGCGCUGCAGGACGCCAGCGGCUGGUGCUGGUUCAUCCCCCUCCACGACGGCACGCACUCGAUCGGCAUUGUACAGAACCAGGAGAUGGCCACCGAGAAGAAACGGGCGGCGGGCUCCCCCUCGACCAAGGAGUUCUACACGCAAUCUCUGGACCUCGCGCCGGGCAUCAAGGCGCUCCUCUCCAAGGCCGAGGUGGUCUCGGACGUCAAGUCGGCCUCAGACUGGUCCUACAGCGCCGACACCUACGCCUUUCCGUACGCGCGCAUCGCGGGCGACGCUGGGGCCUUUAUCGACCCUUUCUUCUCCUCGGGAGUGCACCUCGCUGUUCUGGGUGGUGUUUCGGCGGCUGUCACUAUCGCGGCCUCUAUCAGGGGGGACUGCGAUGAGAAGGCGGCAGCGUCGUGGCACUCCAAGAAGACGGCCGAGAGCUACACGCGCUUCUUUUUAGUUGUGAGCAGCGCUCUCAAGCAGAUCCGCAUGCAGGAGGACCCUGUGAUCCAGGACCUGGACGAGGAGGGCUUCCAGAGGGCCUUUGAUUUGUUCCGGCCGGUUAUUCAAGGCACCGUCGAUGCCCAUCACAACGGAAAACUCACGCAGUCCGAGAUCUCCAACACGGUCGAGUUCUGUUUCAAGGCCUUUACCCACGUCACCCCGGAGCAAAAGGACGCCGUCGUAAACAAGCUGAGGAAGCUCAGCGCAAACGCCGAGGCAGGCGACGAAGAGACCAUUGACAACGCCCUGGGCGAGAUCGAGAAGAGCCUCACGCCCGAUGAACUGCAGGUGUUGAACAUCCUCCGCGGCAGGCGCAUGAUCCGAGAGGACGGCUACAACAUGGACAGCUUCACGCUCGAUACCAUUGACGGGUUGGCACCUAGAAUGGAGCGUGGAAAGCUUGGCCUCGCUAAGUCCCAGGCAGCCAGGCUCAGCAAGGCUCACUUGUAUUCGGCGGACUAUCUCGAGGGCAAGCGCCCCGGUGUUAGGGUUGUGCAACCCGCGAAAUCCAUGAACGGCGCGAACGGUCACAGCAACGGGGAGGCCAACGGGCAUACCAACGCGGCCAAUGGCACCAACGGGGUCAAUGGGGCCAAUGGAACUAAUGGCCACACCAAAGAACACGCGAACGGCCACGAGAAUGGUUCAGGAAUGAACGGGGCUGCCAAAGCCACGUUUAACGCAGCCAACGGAGCCGGUCUCUUUGCGUCGCCCAUCAACGGACAAGCUGCCCAACUGGAUGACGUUGGGCGGCACGCCCUCAUGAACACGCUCCACGAGGCCGCCGAGAACCUCGAGACCCCUUUUGACCUCGUGAUGCGUCUCGGCAACUCCGCCCGCCUCCUCACCUACAUCCGCGUCGCCCACACGCUGAACCUCUUCGCCACCCUCAGCAACGCUUCCCCCACCCCCGUGCCCCUCACCACCCUCACCAGCACCGGCCCGGCCCCCGGCGCGGCGCCCACCUUCAUCCGCCGCGUGCUGGUCUUCCUCGCCGCCAACCGGCUCAUCGGCGAAGCCGGGCCGGACCUCUUCGUGGCCACCAAGGCCACGCACUCGCUCGCGCUCCCCGGCGUGGCGGGCGGCGCGACAUUCUACCAGGGCGUGAUCGCGCCCAUGACCCAGUACCUGCCGGAGUCGCCGCUGGCAAAAUGUGGGUAUGUGCAGCGCGCCGGGGAGCCGGCGGUGUUUGAUUCGUGGAGUGCGGGGGUAGAAGGCGGGGGCAGGGGAUUGUGGCCGUAUUUGAAGGGGAGGCCGGAGAUGUUGGGGGCGUUUCAGGAGCUGAUGGCGCUGGAUCGUGGCGGGGGGGAUUGGGUGGGGUGCGUGGAUUUUGAGGGGGUUGAUUCUCCGUCCUUGGUGAUGGGUGGGGAGGGGGGUGGUGGUUCGGAGCGGGUGGUGUUUGUGGAUGUGGGUGGGAAUGUGGGACAUCAGGCGCGGCGGCUGGUGGAGCGGCAUCCGCGGUUGGCUGGCCGGGUGGUGGUGCAGGACCUGCCGGAGACGGUGGCGGCGGCGCCGGCGGCGAAGGGGGUUGCGUUUUUGGCGCACGACUUCUUCGAGCCGCAGCCGGUGCGAGGGGCGCGGUAUUAUUAUCUGCGCUCGGUGCUGCAUAACUGGGGGGAUGCGCAGGCGGUGGAGAUUUUGAAGAAUGUGGCGGCGGCGAUGGUGGAGGACUCGCGGGUUUUGAUCGAUGAGAUGGUAGUGCCGGACAAGAGCGCCGAUGUGUUGGUGGCAGGGCAGGAUCUGAAUAUGAUGUUGUUGUUUGGGGGGAUGGAGAGGCGGACGGAUGACUGGGCUGCCUUGCUGGACCGGGUCGGGUUGAAGAUUGUCGAGGUCAAGAUGUACGGGCCCGUAACCAAGAACUCGAUUAUCGUCGCCAUGCUCAAGUAG